GGACCUGGAGCGGGGGCCGCGCCGCGCGCAGCUGGACCAGGGGAGGGGGGCGGCGGCUGCACAGCUGGAUCGAAGGGGGCGGGGUCGGUCCUGGGCGACCGGCUGAGCGGAGGGCCGCGAGCCGCCGGGGACUGGAGCAUGGGACGGCGCGCCUGAAGCAGCAGGAAGGGGAAGAAGAGGCCUGGGACCCCGAAAGGAGAAGAGGAGAGAAAGGGGGACGAGGGCAGAGAAGGAAGAUGCAACUGACCCGCUGCUGCUUCGUGUUCCUAGUGCAGGGCAGCCUCUAUCUGGUCAUCUGUGGCCAGGAUGAUGGUCCCCCCAGCUCAGAGGAUCCUGAGCGUGAUGACCAUGAGGGCCAGCCCCGGUCCCGGGUGCCUCGGAAGCGGGGCCACAUCUCACCCAAGUCACGCCCCAUGGUCAAUUCCACUCUCUUAGGGCUGCUGGCCCCACCUGGGGAGGCUUGGGGGGUCCUUGGGCAGCCCCCCAACCGCUUGAACCACAGCCCCCCACCCUCGGCCAAGGUGAAGAAAAUCUUUGGCUGGGGCGACUUCUAUUCCAACAUCAAGACGGUGGCCCUGAACCUGCUCGUCACGGGGAAGAUCGUGGACCACGGCAACGGGACCUUCAGCGUCCACUUUCGACACAAUGCCACUGGCCAGGGCAACAUCUCCAUCAGCCUUGUGCCCCCCAGUAAAGCUGUAGAGUUCCACCAGGAACAGCAGAUCUUCAUCGAAGCCAAGGCCUCCAAAAUCUUCAACUGCCGGAUGGAGUGGGAGAAGGUAGAACGGGGCCGCCGGACCUCACUCUGCACGCACGACCCAGCCAAGACCUGCUCCCGAGACCACGCUCAGAGCUCGGCCACCUGGAGCUGCUCCCAGCCCUUUAAAGUCGUCUGCGUCUACAUCGCCUUCUACAGCACAGACUAUCGGCUGGUCCAGAAGGUGUGCCCAGAUUACAACUACCAUAGCGAUACCCCCUACUACCCCUCUGGGUGACCCUGGGCAGGCCACAGAGGCCAGGCCAGGGCUGGAAGGACAGGCCUGCCCAUGCAGGAGGCCAUCUGUCUGGAUACUGGGCAGGGAAGGGGAUGGGCCUCUGGCAGGGAGGGGGGUGGAAGAGAGGAGAUGCCAAGUAGGGCAGGGCCAAGUCUCAAGUGGCAGGAAGGGAUCCCAAGUGCUGGCCCUAACCUGAGGCUGUGGAGCCACUAGGACACAGGAGCACUGUGGGAGGAGUGGGAUCCCUGUGAGGCUUUCCCACUGAGCCACAGACAGAUGCUGUCCCCAAGGUCCCUGGGCAGGCAGUCUAGUAUGGCCCCAAAUCAAGCCAUGGAGAGGAACCUAACCUUCUGCCAUGCUGAGAGAGGACAGCAACAGGGAGAGGGGGUGUUAUCAGUGUGGACACAAGUAGUCAACUUGGGCUGGACGGCUGAGACAGGGCUUCCUGGGGCCAGCAGUGGGGUGGGAUGGGACAGGGCAGAAGGAGCUCGCCAGCCCAGCCCAGUGGGUAGUUCUGAGUCCCUUGUCCUGCGCUGAGCACGGCAUGAGGGUGAUGUGGUGACCGUUGGGGUCAUUGACCUCUGGACACAUAGACCAUCUGUCUCCAGCCAGGCUACCCCUUUCCAGACCUCCCUCUCCUGCCAGCACUCUCCACUCCUAGCCACCCUCCUGCUGAUGGCACACUGUCCUUAAGCUGAGACAGGACAAUGGUGGUCCUCUGAGCACCUAGUCCACAGAUGUGCCGGGUGUCCCUCCUCCACCCCGCUCCCCUGCUGGCUCCUCUGGGAGCUUCUUUGUCCGAGCGAGUGGCCCCUCAAUAGUCAGCCUCGCCUGUCAGACUGGGGCUCUCCCAGAUCAGGAUGGUGCCUCCCUCGCGGCCCGUGGGGCCAGCAGCAGCGUGGGGUGGCGUGAGCACUACCAAGCCCAACAAGACUGGAGGGCGCGCUGGACCUGUCCCUAGUGUCUGUCUGUGGGCGGGGGGAGGGGAGGGACGUCUUGUGAAAUCACCCGAUUGCCGACUUCUGUGUGCAGAAUCUUGUUCGUGGAGCAGGGAAUAAAGCUUUCCCCAGGGC